AUGGUGCGUCACGGUAUGGGGAAGUUGGUGGUGUGGAUGGAAAGUCGCGACCCGACGAUGCCAGUGUCACGCGUGGGGGGAAGGUCGGGGGGGACUGGGCUCGCGGGGCCAAGAUCCACGGCGACACCUCGCGCAGAUGUGUUUGAGCAAGUGGUGGGUGCGGCCACUGUUAGGCAUGCCGCCCACGACGUAGCUGCGGGUGCGCAGACGAUGCUUGGGAGGGUUUCCGCACCACGCGUGGUGGGAGUGGGCGGUCUUGGCGAAGCCCCUACUCCUCGCCCUGGCAACUUAAAGGGCAUGCGGGAGGCACCGACAAGAAGUGUGCGGGCCGAUUUCCCUGGUGCGGUAGCAAUGCCCCGUGGUGAGGCGCUGGUGGGGCUCCAGACGAUGAGCCAUGUGCCCACAGAAGUUGCCGGACCGAGCAUUCACCCGUCCGCUGUUUCGCAAGGGGCCUUUAUCGAUCUUGAUGUGGGUGGUGGUAGUGUCGAGGAGGGUGUUGUCGUGGAGGAGAUGUUCGACGCUAGGAUCGCGGAAUACGUGCCCAUGGAAGAAGAUGUGGGCAAACCCGCACCCGAUCCCGAGGCUGUUGACGCGCGUGAUGAAGUUCCUGCUGAGGGUGGGGAUGCGAGUGAAAGUGGAGGGACCGAAGGUGCUACGGCCGAUGAGGGUGGACAUGCCACGAAGGAGGACAAAGCUCUCGGCCGAUCGCGCACCCUGAAUGGCACGGCCGAGUGGGCCAUUGCUCGGCUACUCCCCAAGGGUCUUUGGACGGGAAUGUGGGCUCGCAGUAUUUUUGUCGCGCACACAAGGAUCCGUGAUUUCUUCCAACGAGUGUCGACGCCCUCUCCUCCCGGUGGUGACUUCGCGUCCAGAGUGUGCGUCGCGAUUGGCCAUGUGGCGGCCAAGCUUGAGGCUGCGGACGAGCACGCCGCCGUGGCCAACGGGGAGAUUGUUACGGCCACAUUUGCUGCUGCAUGGUACAUGGUUUCGGAGGGAGAUACGGCUGUGGCAGAUGCAUGGGGAGCUUCUGUGGCGCAGCGCCUUGACUCUCGUAAUGAGUUUUAA